CGCACAUUCCCUGGCGCGACACACACACUGCAAGCGCUCCCGCUUCCUUCCGUCAUCCGAUUGACACGCUGCACCAGCCAAACGCCACUGACCUCACAGCCUCGCUUCGCCCGCCAUGGCCGCUGCCACGGUGCGGUCGACGUUGGCCCCCUGCCUCCUCCUCCUCCUCCUCCUGUCCACGGCGCUCGCCUCCGCCGCCACCGCGCCGCGGCUCGUGCUCCUGGCGCCGUCCGGCUCGCACACGCCGUGCCUGGACAACCCGUCCGACCUGACGGCCGCGGGCGACGAGGCGGGCGAGCUCGUCCGCGACCUCGGCGGCCUCCAGGCCUACGUCACCGGAUCCCGCAGCUCCCCGCGCGCCAUCGUCCUCGCCUCCGACUACUUCGGCUUCCAAGCGCCAAAACUCAGGAAAAUCGCGGACCAGGUUGCAGAUGAUGGAUACUUGGUCGUGGUUCCCGAUUUGUUGCACGGGGACCCUUUCAGGGAUGAGGCCAAGAUUUCAUUUCAAGAUUGGCUGAAAACUCACUCUCCGGUGGAGGCAGCUGAAAAGACUAAAGUGCUUAUUGCUGCUCUGAAGAAGCUAGGGGUGUCUGAAGUUGGGGUUGGAGGUUAUUGCUGGGGUGCAAAGGUAGCCGUGGAGCUAUCAAAGUCUCAAGAAAUUCAAGUGGUUGUCAUCUCUCACCCUUCACUAGUGACUGUCGAUGACAUGAAGGAGGUCAAGCAUCCCAUUGAGAUUCUCGGAGGAGAGCUUGAUCAAGCUUCUCCACCGCCGAUAGUGCACCAGUUUCAACAGGCCUUAGAUCAGAACAAGAAGAUUGACCACUUUGUGAAGAUCUUCCCGGGCGUAGCCCACGGCUUUGCUUGCAGAUACAACGCCAGCAACGCGUUCGCCGUCAAAACCGCCGAAGAGGCUCGUGCAGACAUGCUCAGCUGGUUCAACAAGUAUCUGAAGAAGCACCAAGAGCUUUCGCUCCACGAAUCUUAGAAACUCGAUCGCUCCAAGUUGUUUUGAACAAGUCGCCCUUUUAGUUUUGAAAAUUAGCGCCUUUCAUUAGUUCAGAAGUAUGGAAUUAUAGGAGCUCUUGUCUUUCGAAUAAAUUGCACAUCAGUGCUGAACUUGUUAGUCCUAGCUUGGUCGUGCAUGCAAUGCAAUAAUAAAAUAGUUCCUCUAGUUUGAUUCA